UCCGCCCAGUUUUCCGAUGUUUCAUUCCCCCCGAGUUGAAAAUGGAGUUCGAUUAAAGCAGAUGUCCAGCAACUUCUCAAGGAAAUCUCAAGUCUAUACGUUUUUACUUUUACGCAUCAGUGUUGAUACUGAAAACAGCUGAACCGAUUUGGGCUUUGGAUGCCUUUACUUCAGAUCACUCGGACACGUUGACGGAGCAACGCUACACAGCGCUUUUUCAAGUGUUGUCCUGGACCUGAAGUUGGCGAAUGGAUGCUCGACAGCCAGCCAUAAAUAACCUACCAAACGUUACGGUCUACAACGAUCUCUGCAUUUUUUGAGGAUCUAAACGCAUUUUUGCAAAGCGGGGAUCUGUGUUUGUUGAAGAGGAUGAUGCCGAUGGCCCAUUUGUUGUGGUCGGAUUUUACUUCCAGGGAGGAUAAAAUGAAUCAACGGUUGUCAUUCCUCCUCGCGAUUUAACGUUAGUUCCAGCCAGCAAAGCUAACGUUAAGCUAGCUUCACUUGGUUUUCACAGGGACGCUUAGUUAGGCAUGCCCCUUUGUACAUCGUUUACUUACUAUCCAAAAUAGGGGUGAUUUCUAUAUGUGAAGAAAAAUGGUGAUAUUUGUGGUAUUUUAUCCCGCCGUCACUGCGUCGUCGAUGCUAUUGCUAGGAUUUGGAUCCCCGUGAGGAAAAAAAUGAGUGAAGAUUCAACAAAUCCAAACAACGAUGACAGUUAUGCGCGUGUGAGAGCAGUGGUCAUGACUCGGGAUGACUCCAGCGGUGGGUGGCUUCCCCUUGGGGGUGGAGGCCUUAGCUGUGUCACUGUCUAUAAGGUCAGCCGGGCGGAGGACAGCAGCAGUACCCACAGUGGAGGCAGCGGAGGAAGCAGCAGCAACCUCAGCCCUUGUAGCCCCAGUCCUAGUCCCAGUCCCAGUCCCAGUCCUAGCCCCACUGCUGUGGAGUUCCACAUCAAGGGCGAGAGGCUCAAAGACAAACUGGUGGUCCUGGAGUGUGUCCUACAGAAAGGCCUCGUAUACAACAAGGUCAACCCCAUCUUCCACCACUGGAGAAUCAACGAUAAGAAGUUUGGACUGACCUUCCAGAGCCCCGCUGACGCCCGUGCCUUCGACCGGGGCAUACGCCGGGCCAUUGAGGACAUCAACCAAGGUUGUCGGUCAUUUGGGGAAGGGGAUACUCCCGAGGAUGGACUACCGGUGUGUGAUGAGCCUCCCUCCAUCUGUACCCCAAUGAAAGAGCCAUUCUCUCCACUGAACAACGUCGUCUCCACCGAGCCAUUUAGGGGCUGCUACGUCCGCGCCCAGCCCUUCGAUGAGUUCCCUUCCAGCAACCGCCGCUACCUGCCUCCACAGGUCUCCUUUAAGUCUACUCGUCAUGUCAGCUUUCACAUGGACGAAGAGGAGAUCGUUCGCAUCAACCCACGCAAAGACGUGCUCAUCCGUGGCUACGAGGACUACCGCCACCCUGUCAUGUGCAAACGGGAGGCUGACCGCGAGGACCUGGACUUCCACACCGCCUUCCACAAACUGGACAGUAAGAAGUGCGAGUACCUCUUCCCCGAUGGCCCCGGUGGGGACUCCCACUCUGGCCCUGGUAUGGGAAUUGGAACAGGUAUGGGGCUGGGUCUGGGCAAGGACACAGCCAUCAAGACUCAGCCCUCGCCCCUGCUGAAGUCCAAGAAAGGCCGACGGCGACGAGAGGACGGUGAGCGUUCGCGCUGCAUCUACUGUCGGGAGAUGUUCAACCACGAAGACAACUGGCGGGGGCAGUGCCAAGACGCCCCCGACCCGAUCAAGCAGUGCAUCUACAAAGUGAGCUGCAUGCUGUGUGCCGAGAGCAUGCUGUACCACUGCAUGUCCGACUCUGAGGGCGACUUCUCAGACCCCUGCUCAUGUGACACAUCUGACGAGCAGUUCUGCCUACGCUGGCUAGCCCUGGUGGCGUUAUCCUUCAUCGCGCCCUGCAUGUGCUGCUACCUGCCCCUGCGCGCCUGCCACCACUGUGGUGAGGCCUGCCGCUGCUGUGGGGGCAAGCACAAGGCCGCGGGGUGACCCGACGCCAGACUCUGGGACACCCUCAAAGCUAGCUAACACAGGAAGUGGAUAAAAGCGGAAAAUUAAAAGCCGGCAUCCUUUUUUCAUUCCCCUCUCAGACGGGGUGAUAUGUUGUUGAUCCCCAGCUCUGAGGGCUUUUGGAGAUUUCAGUUUGUGUUUGUCGCCGACAAGCAGCAGUGGAGGACAAACCAUAUGCUUUGUGGGGGCUCUGAGCAUCAAGCUAAGUUCAGGAGCUUAAUCUGAGGAGGAGGUGGAAACGUCAAGAUUAAUAGACUUGGAGAUGUUACUAAACACACCUGUACACACACACACACACACAUACAUACACACACACAGACACACCUCUCUCUCUCUCACUUUCACACUCAUGCAUUGACAAAGCCAGGCCACAAACGUCAGAACUCUACUACAAGUAAUGUGUAAUUACUUUAUGAAGGAAAAUUGUCUUUUGUACAGAGAGCGACAACAUAAUGACAAAAAAAGAAAACAAAACUAUUCUGCGUUCAGAAAAAUACUUGCUGUUUGAGUAUGCUAAAAGGGAUAUGUUCUUGCUUUUUUGUGAAUUUGCAGUUGGGUAAGUGGCCUUUCCUUCAUGGCUUAAGCAUUUGCUGACAGUGUAAUUACUAGACAGAGAAAAGUGCACUAGAAAUGAUAACACCCCCCCCCCCCCACCACCACCACCAAGUUAAGGUAACCCUCUCAAAUUCGUGUGGUACAUUAACCACCACAUUUAGUGUAAUUUUAACGUUUGAGAGACGUUGCUGUGGUGGAUGUAGGGCCAAUUGAUUUCCUUGUUUUCCUUUUCAUCGAAUGUUGAAAAAAAGUAACAGCUUGUUUCUGAAGGUACAGCUUGGCAUAGCUUUUGACAUUCAUUUAGAAGAUGUUAAAAUUAUUACCUUACCCUCCCAAGGUAAUUUAGACCAUUUGAUUGCAUUCCAAAAGAAAGGGAUCGAUUCCAUGAUUAGAAGGGAAAAAAAUGGUAGUGACUUUACCAUUCUGAGUUCCCCAGAAUAGUUUUUCCACAUCACAAACAUAGCAUUAGGACCUCUUGAACCGUUUAAAUUGAAACCAAUACAUAACAAUUUCAUUCACUCCAGUGAAUCUCUUUUACUACGGUUAUUUACUGCUGUAAUGAAAUUGUUUUGUUUCCUCAAUGUGUUUUUUUUUCCCUACUCAUUUUAUAAUUAUUUUUGAAACAAAGGCUAUAAUGUUGCUCAACCAGCAAGUUUUGUUUUGGUGUGUACAGGGGUUACAGUGCUCCUUGGUUAAAUGAUGAGGCACUUAAAUUAGGCUAUCCUUUGAUUGAGAAACCCUCAGAUUUUGGAAUUAGUCUGUACAGAAAUUUUACUAAUUUAACAUUGAAUUUGGCUUGGGGGAAAUCCUCCUGAAAGCACUGCUCUCCAAGCUUUGGUUGCAGCACCCUCUUCAAAUUUCCGUGUUUGUCCCAUGAAUUGUUUUUUAUUUUUUCCUUUUUUGUUUUCUCUUAGUUCCCCCUCCAUUCUUUGUAUAAAUGUAGUAUUAUGUUGUUCUUUGGAAAUUUGUCCACUCGUCCCAUGUGUCUUCAUUUAACAGGCCCUGAAUGAAUGCAUUGUUUCAGGAAUGCUGAGUAUCUUAGCAAUGUUUUAAAAAAAAACAUACAGGUGUUGUGUGUGCGUGUGUGCGUGUGCAUAGGUCUUCAUAUGCACUGGUGAUCUGAUGUCAUGUAACGUCACCACUGACUACGUGGUUAAGGCUUUGACCCUAAACAGAACUGACCAGCAUCUUGUUUCCCAAGACAUCCUGGUGUCCUUUUCUGUUAGCUCCAAAGUGAACAAAGAGAUGAUCAAACUGUCAGAGGAAUCAUUUGCAGUUUUGGGAAUUUCACUUAUUUGCUUUUUUGCCGGGAGUUAGGUGAGGAAAUCACUGCUAUAUCUGUGCACUUCAUAUGAAAUUAGAGCCAGCGUCCAGUCAGCUUAGCUUAGAGUAAAAAUAUGAAAAUAGGGAAACACAUAGUCUAGCUCUGUCCAAAGGUGACUCAGUUUGCACUCUGGCACCUCCUAAGCUCAC